AUGGAAUUUCGGUUCCAACAGCAGAACCAAAUUUGCUUCCCAGCAGCAGUAGCUAACAAAGCUGUAGGCAUUCCAAUGAGCAAAGUGGGAAAGUCGAAGGGAAGAACUAGAAGCAACAACACAAACAAGUUUGUUGGUGUGAGGCAAAGGCCUUCAGGGAGAUGGGUAGCUGAGAUCAAAGACACCACACAGAAGAUAAGAAUGUGGCUUGGAACCUUUGAGACUGCCGAAGAGGCUGCUCGAGCUUACGAUGAAGCUGCCUGCCUUCUUCGCGGCUCAAAUACUCGAACCAACUUCAUUACACAUGUCUCUUUGGAUUCUCCUCUUGCUUCUCGAAUCCGAAAUCUACUUAACACCAAAAGAGGAGGAUCAAGCAAACAAGUAAUAGAGCAAACUAGUUCUAGUAUUGCUGAUCAUGAUGAUAUGAAUGCCUCACAUCCUCCCACAUCUUCUACUACUAGUAAUGACAAGUACAUGACUAGUAAUAUUAGCACUGCUAGUACAAGCACUUGUAAUUCCACCAGCAGUGGCAGUGAUACACUUUCUAGUGAGGUGUUUCAAGAUUCUCAGCUGUUUGAUGAUGUCUACAGACCAGAUUUGAGACACUGCAAUGAGGAAUUUGAGUUGAGCUCUUCUGAAUCUCAAUCUUAUCUUUCAUGGGGUGGAUUUGAACCCGGGGUUGACGGGUUCUCAUUUGCCCAACAAGUGUUUGAUUUGCCGAAACAUCAGGCAGCUGCUGCUGCUUCUUCUUCUUCUACUACUAGUACUACUAGUACUACUGCCACUACCACAGCAGCUGAAGCUGAUUCGGAGUUUCUGGAAUUCGAAAGGAUGAAAGUUGAAAGACAGAUAUCAGCUUCCCUCUAUGCAAUGAAUGGAGUGCAAGAGUAUAUGGAUACAGUUUAUGAUCCUAACGAACCCUCUUGGGAUCUUCCACCAAUAUGUCCUUUGUUCUGCUGA